AUGUAUGAGGCAGACUCGUGGUACACGGCCUUUGUCCCGCGCACAGCCAAGCCCCAGGAAAAGGGCAAGCACCGCCGGAGAGAGAGCCUGCUCAAACAGGAGAACGAGAGUCAGGCUGACUUGGAGCGCGUAGAAGCCAUCCCAGAGACGGCAGAUGAGGACCGACCCGGAAAGCUCAAUGGCCCUCCACCGGCCACCGUGGCCAGACGCGCCAAGUCGUACAGCGACUUCUACACGGUCGUGCGCGCACACCUGAGGAAGGAAAGGGCACUGGAGAAGAAGAAGUCGCGUGAGGACAUCAGCACCGAGCUCGAGUUUGCCGAUUGGUAUGGCGGCCUCAGCGACGAGCUGCUGGAAGCCAGCCACGACGAGUACAGGCUCUACCAGCACCAGCUGCACAUGACGCGAAACCACCUCGAGAACAUCAGCUCUGACACUACUUCCACCCUCCAUGUCCUCUCCUCCCUCUCCGAAUCCUUCAAGGUCGUCGAAGCCCAGACAAACGCAUUUCGCACACAAUGUGAAGGCCUUAUCGAUGACCAGAAGCGCAUUACCAAGCUCGCCGAUGACAUGGAACAGAACCUCCGAUACUAUCUGUAUCUCGAACCUACUACAAAACGGCUCAAUGCUCCAGGCGCGGGCAAGAUAGUGCGGGGCAGCGAAUUCGUCGAGAUGCUGGCGAAUUUGGACAGCUGUCUAGAAUACAUGCAGGCGCAUUCCAAACACCGUGAGGCCGAAACGUACCGAUCCAGAUACCGACUACUCCUCACUCGCGCCCUUACGCUCAUCCGUGUUCAUUUCACCGAAGCACUUCGAGAGAUUGCAGCCGAUGUAUCUAAGCGGAUAGCGGAUAGACAACUGAACGACACGACUAUGUCUGCACUGCUAUAUGCCAAAUUCCGCGUCGGAGCCCCAGAGUUGAAGAGUAUAGGCAUCGAGAUACAGAAGCGGGCAGUGCUGCCAGCUGGAGCAGCGCCAGGCGGCGAAGCAGAGUACCAGAGUCUAAUGAAUGAGCUGUACCAGAGCUACUCGGCCACCCGUGGCCGCCUCAUCCUUCCUAUCGUUACAAAGAAAAUUGGAGACAUUGCACAAGCUCCAAGCACAUCGACAGACCUUGUAGCUUUUGCGCGGAGUAGCAUAAGCUACAUACGAGGCAUAUGUUUCGACGAGUGCGACUUAUGGCGGGAAUGGUUCGACGGCGACGGCGGAUUGUACGACUUCUUGGAAGCCGUGUGUGAACCUCUCUACGACUAUCUCCGACCACGCACUAUCCAUGAGACGCAAAUACUUAAGCUGUGCGAGUUAUGUACCCUGAUACAAACACGAUACAUGGAGGAGGAAGAGGAAGAAUCGCCCGUUGACGCAAACAAGCUGGACUUCUCUGUCAUUGUACAUCCCGCACUGCAAGAUGCACAAAACAGAUUGGUCUUCCUAUCGCUUGCAAUUCUGCGGGAUGAUAUUGAGAGAUACAAGCCCAAACCAGAAGAUCUCGACUACCCAGCAAAGAACAAGAAGCACGCCACCUCCGGAACGAAAUCGAACCAACCCGUCUUGUCUGGCAAGAAGCAACCCAAGUCCGAAGUGCCGCCCACCCCAUUGAUGCCAAAGACGCCUACAAUAGUCGAGGACGACGAUCCAGAUGCGCGGUGGAACUUCAACACUGAAGCGGCCUUCAAAGACUGGUACCCUACAUUGCGUAAAGCGAUCUGGUUGCUCAGCAAAAUCUACAGGCUUGUCCAUUCCUCUGUGUUCGACGACUUGGCCCAUCACAUUGUUCACAGCACCACGCUUUCGCUUGCUCAAGCCAGCACAUUGCUAGCCAAAUCCGCCUCGCCGACCGACGCUGCUCUCUUCCUCGUAUCGCACCUCCUACUCCUGAAGCAGCAGAUUGUGGCUUUCGACAUAGAGUUCGUUACACCAGAAACUGAAGUCCAAUACAACUUCUCCAGUGUCACAAACACGUUCUGGGAGCUGCGUGCUCGUGGUGGUCUCUUCAACCCGCGCAACCUGGUCGGUCUGCUCAUCCCCAAAGUUGUAGAGAACAUGUUGGAUGCCAAAGCUGAAGUAGACGCGCGCCUACGUCAAGCGAUUAACGACUUCACCGGACAAUUUGUCACUCGCAUGACAGCUCCGAUCGAUACCAAGAACAACAAGAAGGUACCACCGAGCGAGGCCCCUGCGCGCACGAGCAAGAUCCGACAGAACAUCGAACAAGAGACACCGUUCUUACGAUCGAAACUGGAAGAAUACAUUACCGACGCACGUACACGCGAGAUGCUCGUGGCAGCUGUAAUGGAAUCUGUCACGCAGACGUAUGAAGAUUGGUACGACACGUCAUACUCUCCAUCCCUUGCCAACCAAAACGGGAUCAGCAGAAGCACCAAGGGCAAAGGUAGGGAGGAUGGCGUGUGGGAUCCGGAUGUAUUCAGCGAGUGGUGCGGCAAUACAUUCAAAGUCGGCACGCUAGGCUUGGGCAUCAUGGACGAUGAACAAGAAGAUUAUCAAGAUCGAGAUGAUAGCGACGCGGAUAGUAUGGGUGCUGCUAGUGGGCGGUCAGGCACAGAACGGACAGGGAACACCGGCUUGAGGAUCAAGAUGUGA